AGGUUAGCUUUUUGAUCCUAUAAAAACUCAUCUGAAGGUUUGUUUAGUUAUCAUCAAAUUAAUCAAAAUGGCAAGUUCAAUAGUAGGAGGGGGAAACAAAUACAGAGACUACUUGAGUGAUGAAGAGCUCAAAAACACAAAAUGGAGAAAUGGACCUCCUACUUAUGAUGUUGUUGAUAAGCUCUUUGAACAAGAAAGAACUCAUGUAUGGGCUGAAGGAUCAGUUGAAGAUAAAGUACAAAGGCUAUUGAAGACUUGGGAAAUGGAAUUAGUUCACAAAAUAGAUCCUAAUGAGAUGAAAUCUGUUGAUCCAACAAAGUUCAAGAAGAGUGUCAAUGGAAGGAAAGGGUUAACACCGGAAGAAGCUGUAAAGCUUGGUGGUGGUUACAACACAUUCCUACAAACUUCAUUGCCAGAAAAUCUAAGAGUCUAUAAUCCUGAGGAUGAAACAUUUGAAUCAUCACAAAAUGUAUUUAGAUCAAUAUUUGUACGUGGAUUCGCGAUCGAAGUCCUUCAUGUUUAUUCAGGACCACCAGAAAUUGUGUACAAGUUUAGGCAUUGGGGUUACAUGGAUGGUCCAUUUAAAGGAUAUGUUGCAACUGGACAACUUGUUGAGCUCUUUGGAAUUGGCAUUUUUGAAUUGGAGAAAGAGAGUAACAAGAUUGUUAAGGCAGAGUUCUUUUUUGAUAGAGGAGAAUUGCUUGGGCCACUUAUGAAAGGAGGAAAAAAUGGUGAAUCCACAAGUGAGAUGGCAUUAUUGGAGGAUUCAAAAUGCCCUUUCAUGAAAUAAAAUAAUAAUCUACUAGCAACAACUUGAAAUAAGUCUAUGGUUAUGUUCUAUUUUUUAAUAGAAAUAGGUGCAAAAAGUGUAAUUUCCCUUUGAAGUUUAUUAAUGUUUCUUCAACCAUCAAAUUUUCAUUAGAGAAUGUUUUAUCGUAAAAAUCAGAUUGUGGUGGA